AUGGCAUCUCCCUUUGAUAUAAAUGGUGGAGCCUGCGUUGCCAUGGUUGGCAAGGACUGUGUUGCCAUAGCAUGCGACCUCCGUCUCGGCAUGCAAGCCCUCACCGUCUCGAACAACUUCCCUAAAGUGUUCAACUACGCGCCCUCUACAUAUCUCGGCCUCACAGGCCUCGCCACCGACGUUUCUUCCGUCUCUGACUUGCUUCGGUACAAGGUCAACCUCUAUCGCCUGCGAGAGGAGAGGCAGAUCUCGCCGCAGACCUUGGCCAACUUGGUCUCGUCGAGCCUGUACGAAAAGAGGUUUGGUCCGUGGUUUGUUAGCCCCGUGCUAGCGGGAAUCAACCAUACAACAGGGAAGCCCUUCAUCUGUGGCUUUGACAGCAUCGGCUGCAUCGAUUUUGCAAAGGAUUUCAUUGUCAGCGGUACAGCGAGCGAUCAGCUGUUUGGAAUGUGCGAGGGUUUGUGGGAGCCGGAUUUGGUACGCAACGCGUCUGAAAUUCCUAUUUUGGGCGGUGUUUUGGCUAACAGUUUUACCAAGGGCCCCGAAGAAUUAUUCGAGACUGUAUCGCAAGCCCUCCUGAAUGCUGUUGAUCGGGAUGCGCUCUCAGGCUGGGGUGCCCAUGUAUACAUUAUAGAAAAGGACAAGGUUACAAAACGGCUGCUUAAGGGACGACAAGACUAG